AACCAAACCAAAACGUCAAAAAAUAAACAAAUGCAACCCAGCCCGGCGCAGCCGUGGGCUUUGGGACCCUGGAGCCCGGCGGAGGGGCGGCAGGUGCCGGGGAUGCAGCGCCGAGCCCGGGGCCGCCUCUGGGGCACCGGGGCCGGCCGGGACCGGGGGCGCGGCGGAGCCCUGCCUGCCGGGGCGGGGGUGGAGGCGGGGGGGUGGCGUUUGCGGCUCAAUAACGCCCAGGAGAAGUUGCAAACGGCGAAAGACAGAGAAGGGGAAAAACACCCCGACACCGAGCCACCCGCCCCAUCGCUCCUGCAGCUCCGCUUCCUGCCCAGCCUCGCUGCAGCGCGCCCGCUCCGGCACCCCCGGCACCCCCGGUACCCCCGGUACCCCCGGCGGCAGCGCCAUGGGCAACGCGGCCGGGGGCAUGGAGGGGGCUGCGGGCCGGGAGAACCGCGACAACCGAGCCCCGGGCCCCGCCGCCGCCGCCGCCGCCACCCCGCCGCGGCCGCCGCCGCCCGCCCGGCAGCCCAUGCCCGCCGCCGCCGAGCUGGAGGAGCGCUUCAGCCGCGUCCUGAGCUCCAUGAACCUGCCCCCCGACAAGAUGAAGCUGCUCAGCCAGUAUGACAAUGAGAAGAAAUGGGAGCUUGUCUGUGACCAGGAGCGCUUCCAGGUGAAAAACCCACCGUCUGCCUACAUCCAGAAGCUCAAGAGCUACUUGGACACAGGCGGUGUGAGCAGGAAGUUCAAGCGACGAGUGCAGGAGUCGACGCAGGUGCUCCGGGAGCUGGAGAUUUCCUUAAGGACCAACUACAUUGGCUGGGUCCAGGAGUUUCUCAACGAGGAGAACAAGGGGCUGGAUGUGCUGCUGGAGUACCUCGCCUUCGCCCAGUGCUCUGUCGCGUAUGACAUGGAGAGCACCGAGAACGGCAGCCCGGGCUCCGACAAGGGCAAGCCCCUGGAGCGGUCGCUGGAGGAUCUGAGCAAAAGCAACUCCUCGUCCCCCACGCAGGGCGUCUCCAAAGUGCGGCACCUCACCGUCAGCUGCUGCCUCUCGAACCAGCACAUCCACACCCUCCUCCACCACGUCCACCCCAGCGCUCCCUGCAGCGCCCCAGGCAGCGAUGGGGACAGUUGCCCCAGGUCACCUGGCAGCUCCUAUUCGCCCCGGCUCAACCCCUCGCACAGCAGGAAGGCGCUGAGGAACUCCCGCAUCGUCAGCCAGAAGGACGACGUCCACGUCUGCAUCAUGUGUCUCCGUGCCAUCAUGAACUACCAGUCUGGCUUCAGCCUGGUGAUGAACCACCCAGCCUGUGUCAACGAGAUCACCCUGAGCCUCAACAACAAGAACGCCAGGACCAAGGCGCUCGUGCUGGAGCUGCUGGCCGCCGUCUGCCUGGUCCGAGGUGGCCAUGACAUUAUUCUCGCUGCCUUUGACAACUUCAAGGAGGUCUGUGGCGAGAAGAACCGCUUUGAGAAGCUGAUGGAGUAUUUCCGAAACGAGGACAGCAACAUCGACUUCAUGGUCGCCUGCAUGCAGUUCAUCAACAUCGUGGUGCACUCGGUGGAGAACAUGAACUUCCGCGUCUUCCUGCAGUACGAGUUCACCCACCUGGGGCUUGACCAGUACCUGGAGAACCUGCGGCUGACCGAGAGCGACAAGCUGCAGGUGCAGAUCCAAGCCUACCUGGACAACGUUUUUGACGUGGGGGCCAUGCUGGAGGACUCAGAGACCAAGACGGCUGUGCUGGAGCACAUGGAGGAGCUGCAGGAGCACGUCAGCCAGCUGACGGAGAAGCUGCAGGAUGCGGAGAACGACUCCAUGGCCAAGAUAGCGGAGCUGGAGAAGCAGCUGAGCCAGGCGCGGCGGGAGCUGGAGGCACUGCGGGAGCAGCUCAGCCCCCCGCGGCCGCCCAGCCCGCCAGCCCCGCAGCCCCAGGAGUGCUACCGGCUGGCACUGGAGCGGCGGCUGGCGGAGCUGGAGGAGAAGGGGUUAGUGCAGAUCCUGCGUGGGCCCGAUGGAGACGUCGCCAUCGAAAUUGUCCCCGUUGUCAUAGAGACCGCAGCAGCCCCCGUGGUUACCAAAGAGGCCACCGCCACCAGCACAGAUGCUCCAGCUCCUGCUCCGGCUCCAUCCCCAUCUCCUCCCCCUGCACCUGCCGCCCCCCCACCGCCUCCCCCACCGCCCCCCCCUCCACCCCUGCCUGGGGCUGAGCCUGAGCCCCCCGUGCCCCCCCCACCCCCCCUGCCCACGGGCGCAGAGCCCCCCCCAGCCCCUCCGCUCCCAGGUGCCGCAGUGCCCCCACCGCCCCCACCGCUCCCCGGGGGGCUGGAGGGCCCUGUGCCACCCCCACCACCACCCCCACCGCUCGGUGGGGAGCCCCCCGCCGGGCUGGGCGGCCCCCCUGCUGCUGGCGGUUCAGUGAAGGUGAAGAAGCCGAUCCAGACCAAGUUCCGCAUGCCCGUCUUCAACUGGGUGGCGCUGAAGCCGAGCCAGAUUGACGGCACCGUCUUCACUGAGCUCAACGACGAGAAGGUGCUGCAGGAGCUGGACAUGAGUGACUUCGAGGAGCAGUUCAAGACCAAGGCCCAGGGCCCUGCCCUGGACAUCAGCGCCCUCAAGGUGAAGGCCACGCAGAAGGCCCCCAGCAAGGUCACCCUCAUGGAGUCCAACCGGGCCAAGAACCUGGCCAUCACUCUCCGCAAAGGUGGCCGCAGCAUCCAGGACAUCUGCACAGCCAUCGAGACGUAUGACCAGCAAGCCCUGAGCCUCGACUUUCUGGAGCUGCUGCUGCGCUUCCUGCCCACCGAGUACGAGCGGACGCUCAUCGGGAAGUUCGAGCGGGAGCAGCAGCCUCCGGAGGAGCUCUCUGAAGAGGACCAGUUCAUGAUCCGGUUCAGCAAGAUCCCGCGCCUGGCCGAGCGCAUGAACGUCAUGAUCUUCCUGGGCAACUUCAACGACACAGCCCAGCUGCUCAUGCCGCAACUCAACGCCAUCAUCGCUGCCUCCAUGUCCCUCAAGUCCUCCAGCAAACUGCGCAACAUCCUCGAGAUCGUGCUGGCCUUCGGGAACUACAUGAACAGCAGCAAGCGUGGGGCUGCCUACGGCUUCCGGCUGCAGAGCCUCGACGCGCUGCUGGAGAUGAAGUCGACGGACAGGAAGCAGACACUGCUGCAUUACCUGGUGCGGGUGAUCAUGGAGAAGUACCCUGAGCUCACUGGCUUCCACACCGAGCUGCAUUUCCUCGACAAAGCAGGCUCAGUCUCCCUGGACAGCGUGUUGCAGGACGUGCGGAGCCUGCAGCAGGGCAUGGAGCUCACCCGCAAGGAGUUCAUGCGGCAGGAUGACAGCCCCGUGCUCAAGGAGUUCCUCAAGGCCAACUCGGAGGUGAUGGAGAAGCUGCAGGCUGACAGCAAGACUGCCAAGGAGGCAUACGAGUCGGCCGUGGAGUACUUCGGGGAGAACCCCAAGAACAGCCCCCCCACGACCUUCUUCCCCAUGUUCAUGCGCUUCAUCAGAGCCUACAAGAAAGCAGAGCAGGACAUUGAGCUGUGGAAGAAACAAGAGGCUGCAGCCAAAGAGGCAGAAUCCAGUCCCAACGGCAGUGAGGACCAGCUCGACACGAAGUCACCCAUCCAGAAAGCCAAGCGGCAGCAGAUGGACAUGAUCGCUGAGCUGAAGAAGAAGCAGAUGGUGAAGGAGCCGCUCAUUUAUGAAGGAAAAGACGGUGCCAUCGAGGAUAUUAUUUCAGCUCUGAAAACUGUUCCUUUCACGGCCCGGACGGGCAAGCGCUCGUCCCGGCUCUUCUGCGAUGCGAGCUUCAACGAGGAGAGUCCUCUGUAGCGGCUGCCUGUAGAUCUGCGGAACAACCCCUACCGGCGUGCAGACAAGGGCCGUGGCAGUGCCAAGAAACGGGCUGUGGGGCAGAGCCUGCAGACGACGCCGGACAUCUCGCUGUGAGCAGGGCAGGCCUGUCCUGCGGACGCAGAUGGGACUGCAGGGCGUCAGCCCGCCGGCCUGGGCCAACCCGCGGUGGGGGGACGGUGCCCACUCCUCGCUGCUCGAGCUGCUUCGUGUGCCGGCCCGCCCUGCUGCCCUGCCCUGCGCGCCCGUGGUCUGACGCAGGGCUCCCCCAGCAAUUGCUUAGCGAUGCCACUGAGCUCCUCUCCUCCAGGCUGGCAGGGACGGGGGGAGCACAGGAAGCCCCCCACACCUUGUCCUGCAAGGAAAAGGGGCUGCCCUGCCCCUUGCCCAGGGCUGCUGCAUUGCCCUCCUGCUGUCUGGGGCAGCCCUGCACACCGGUGUGCCCCUCUCCUCAGCUUGCUGGUGCCUUUGAUCUCCCACUGCAGGAGGGGCAGAGGAUUGGCAGCCAGGGCCGCAGUGCUCCUGGCGCUUCUCCCACAUCUCCCGUCUGUGCAGAGCCCUUCGAGGCCGUGCUCUCCUCUGCUGCAGAGCGGGGCGGGUACCGGCUGCGCCUCCUCUCCAGCAAGGAGCCUGCUGCAAAGAUCCCACCCUGGGCACUUCACGUACCCCAGGAGCUGGCAGGGGUGCUAUUUUACAGUCAUUUUCUAUGUCUUCCUUAAAACAAAACAAAACAAAACUCUGUGCUAUGGGAGGAGGGGCUGGAGCACCCCUGGGUUCUACAGGGUCUCACCAGGAGCCUCAGGCUAGGGCGAGCAGCGCUGGUCUAUGACAAUCAGCAGGAUCAAGGAUUCACUGUCCUCGAAUCGCUACGUGGUGGUACCUGGCCUUGCCCUGCUGCCUUCCCAGCACCCACCUCUGCUCGUGGGGCUGCCGCCUCUCAGACAGCGGUGCCCAUCGGCCCGUGGGGACCACGAGGCCGCUCCCGUUCGCCAGCAGUUGCACGACGCAACCCGCAGCAGGUGCUAGGCAGCCUCCAGCCCUUGCAGCAAACACCGUGCUACCCCCAAACAGUGCAGGGUCACAGCUGAACUCAUGCAGUAAAAGGAGGACAGAAAAGGGGUGGGCUUGGACGCAGCCAGUGAGCUGCAUCAGCCUACAAAUGAUGACUGAAGCACUGGCCUUUUUUCCUCCCCACCCUGCUGCCGAUCAGUCAGAGCUGCACUGCUGCAGUUAACCUGUUAAUGCAUUUACUUUGUCACAAACGCCCCCUGCGUGCCCUGCUGCGAGGACUCGUGGCUGCCAUGUACAUUCUCGCUUGCCCCAGCUUUUAGACCAGGGUAAGUCCUCGCUACAAGAGCAGCGACUGCUUCCUGCUGUAAUUACGAUGCUAAGCGCCACCGGCUCAGUAUCGCACAAAGCUCAAAGGGAGGGAAGGGAAAUGAAUGUGUAACUUAUAAAUGCCUUUAAGCCAGAAAUGUAAAACAUUAACUGCUAAUUUGUAUACAUUAUUUUUAUAUACUGAGGGCCUGUCUAAUCCAAAGCAGAACUGGUAAUAAACCAACUCUAUGGAUAA